UAUAUGGCAACGCAGUAUAUCUUUUCUAUUGUUGAGUCCGCUACUUCUUCGCUUACCAUUUCAAUUUUUCUUGUUUUAAUAUUUUUGGGUCGGAAAUACCUAAAUUUAUUCUGUUGCGUUGUACCUUUUUUCCUUACCAAAUCAAAAAGGGAUAUUGCUGUUCAAUAGUGUAUGGAUAAUAUCUGUUGUGCUAUGAAGGAAUUUGUGUAUGGUAGUUACCAAGAAUCAUCUAGAUAUUUCAACAAGUAUUUUGAAUAGACAUUGAUCACCGAGAUUCCAAACUCCAGUUAUCAAGUGUUUAAUAAGAAGAGUGUGAACAGCAGAAGAAACUUGGGCCAUCAUGGCAAAGGUUCAUGUUCAGAAUGUUGUAGUUCUUGACAACCCCUCCAAUUUCUCCAAUCCCUUCCAGUUUGAAAUCACCUUCGAAUGUUUGGAAGAUCUUCAGGAAGAUUUGGAGUGGAAAAUUAUAUAUGUUGGUUCAGCUGAAAGUGAAACUUAUGACCAAGUUCUUGAUACUGUUUAUGUUGGUCCUGUGCCUGAAGGAAGACACAUGUUUGUAUUUCAAGCUGAGCCUCCACAACCCUCUAAAAUUCCGGUUGCAGAUGCUGUGGGCGUAACAGUUGUCCUGCUUACCUGUUCCUAUCGCAGCCAAGAAUUUAUUCGUGUUGGGUAUUACGUAAAUAAUGAAUAUGGCGAUGCUGAACUGAAAGAGAAUCCUCCCGCAAUUCCGCAGUUUGACAAACUAAUGCGAAAUAUUCUAGCCACCAAUCCUCGUGUCACACGAUUCAAAGUGGAUUGGGACGAUACGAAUAAGAGCGGCACCUCGAAAGGUGAACAAAUUGUGGAAAGUGAUGGUCAUCAGAAAAUGGAUGCCUCCAUAAUGGAAUCCAUGGACGUGAUGUAAAGCUGAAAAUGGAUCGCCUUGUGAACCUGCCACCUGAACCGCUCAAACCGGAGGAAUCCCAGUGCUGCGGCCAAGGAUGUCAGUUUUGCGUCUUUGACACUUACAAGCAAGAAUUGUUGAUUUGGCAAAGAAAGUGUAAGGAACUCGAAACUUGCCAAUUGGAGAAAAAUACUAAAAUGAAUCCAGAAA